AUGGCGGCCGCAGCACAGUCUUUAUCGGAACGGACGCGAUCGCUGUUCGGAAGCUCUUAUGGCGAAGCGUCCGAUCCAUCAUCCCUCCCGGUCUCCCUCUCCUUCAAAAGAAAGGUCGAAUAUGAGAGCGUCCGCGAACUGCCCAAAGCCCUGGCCGAGAAGCAGGCAAAGGCGACAGCGGCGCGAGGACCAAAAAGACCGAAGAUGGCAACCGGAAACAAUCAGAUGGCCUUGGUUAAGAGCGAGGCGAAGCCGGACUCACAAGCCCCGCCGCAGAGUAAUGGUAUCGGGAGCAGUCUCAUCCGCAGACCGAAUAUGCAACAGCCUCGACCCGAUUGGCACGCACCAUGGAAACUGAUGAGAGUGAUCUCGGGCCAUCUGGGCUGGGUGCGCGCAUUGGCGGUCGAACCGGGAAACCAGUGGUUCGCAUCGGGCGCAGGAGACAGGACGAUAAAAAUCUGGGAUCUGGCCACAGGUCAACUGCGCCUGACAUUGACGGGUCACAUCUCCACGGUUCGUGGACUGGCCGUGUCGCCACGCCAUCCGUACCUUUUUUCCUGCGGCGAGGACAAGAUGGUGAAAUGCUGGGAUCUGGAGACCAACAAAGUCAUUCGCCACUACCACGGCCAUUUAUCUGGCGUCUACACACUCUCACUCCAUCCCACGCUCGACGUGCUGGUCACUGGAGGAAGAGACGGCGUCGCUCGUGUCUGGGACAUGCGCACACGCUCCAACAUCCACGUCCUGUCCGGUCACAAGGGCACGGUUUCGGAGGUGAAGUGCCAGGAAGCAGACCCUCAAGUCAUCUCCUCGAGUCUGGACGCCACCGUGCGACUAUGGGAUCUCGCCGCGGGCAAAACCAUGGGUGUCCUCACACACCACAAGAAAGGCGUCAGGGCGCUCGCUACUCACCCAAAGGAAUUCACGUUCGCGUCCGCGUCGGCCGGGUCGAUAAAACAGUGGAAAUGCCCCGAGGGCGCGUUCAUGCAGAACUUCGACGGGCACAACGCCAUCAUCAAUACCCUUGCGGUGAAUGAAGAUAAUGUGCUCUUCAGUGGCGGCGACAACGGCAGUGUCUGCUUCUGGGAUUGGAAGACCGGGCAUAGGUUCCAGAGUACCGAGUCUCUGGCCCAGCCGGGGUCGUUGGACGCGGAGGCGGGUAUUAUGAGCAGCACGUUUGACCAGACCGGGUUGCGGUUGAUCAUGGGCGAAGCGGAUAAGACGAUCAAGAUUUGGAGACCGGAUCCCGAAGCCACGCCGGAGACGCAUCCGUUGGACUGGAAGCCGACGCUGGGUCGGGUGAAGUAUUGA